AUGGACCAAGUCUUCAACGACCCCGUAGCCCUCAGACCAUACAUCCAAGACCCAACAGACCCGGCCGUGCCCAAUACGCAACUCGAGGUGCUGGACUGGGUGGAUGCUCAUCGCGUCCAUUCUCCCCGGGCUUACAAACUACCAAUCUCAAGUACUGACCUUACUAGAUUUCUGGAACCCAAAUGGCCACUGGACGGGCUUCCUUUACUGAUCGAGCACUACAAGAUCCCUACUGCGUUCUUCGAGGGCGGGAUUCGCGCGGUGACACAUUCGUUUGGCUCGCUGGACACAGAGGAUGGAUAUAGAUGCUGCUGGUUCGACUACCUCUGCAAGAACAUCACAGUCGCUCAGAGUCCCGGCCCGGAGCCCGUCAUCUCAGAUCAAAGCUGUAAUUCACUACCGCAGAUUCGACAGAGCGACUUUACCUGGACACGGGCGGGCUUUUUCCUGCGAUGGCCCAUUCGGUCCGAAAAUCGACAUAACCUGACAAUGGUCUAUUUUGGGGCCAAUAUGGUCUACGAUCGGCUGACCAGAUUGUCCUGCGAGGCUGUGAAGGAGGGGGUCAUACACGAUCCGAUGAGUUUGCUGGUGGUGGUUCUACAUCAGCUCUCGGCAAGGAUGGACGAGACGGUGUGGAAUUUGUCGAUGGUCUUUGGGGGCAUCGAAUCGAAAGCACUCGGUCUGCAUCGCGACAGGGAGUCCUUUACGGGGCUGCAUAAUAUCUCGAAGCAUAUCAUCUACCUCCAAGAGAGCUCAGAUGCGGCUCUGGAAACAGUCAAAAACCUGCAUCACCACCACAAGGAUCUAUCUCCCAGCGCCACCGAAGAAGAAAGGGCUGCUGGUAACCUGACGCGCAGGACGAUGGCGCAGAUCGAGGCGGAGUUUCAGACCGUCAGGUUGCGAUUGCGCAGCCUGGAUAGGCGGAUGCAGAAUGUGAUUGCUUUAUCAUUCCAUCUAGUCACGCAGGAAGGGAACGAGCUCAUUCAAGCCGACAGCAGCACCAUGGCUACCAUCGCCUUUGUUACCUUGGUUUUUCUGCCCAUAACUACGGUCUCUACGAUUUUUGGCAGCCAGUUCUUCAACACGGCACCCGACAACGCCUCGAUUGAAGUGUCCAAAGACUUUUGGAUCUUCUGGGUCGUAUCCAUUCCACUGACACUCGCAGUGCUCCUUGGUUGGUCUCUCUGGCAGAGAAAGGCCCUUGUCGGUAGUCACAUUGCCCGGAAGGGCAUCUCAGGGCCAUCUAAUUCCAGCGCUCUCCAUGCCGCGGGGUGA